ACGAAAAAUCAAAAGGUAGACGGCGGAAGCGCGCACCACUGCGCGGGCACAGCUGUCAGCACCAAGGACAGCCGCAGCCCCAAGCGUCGCAUCAGUCUGAUAAUCACUUCACAGCAAAGCCCCGCACAGAGCCCACGGAGGACCGGGAGAGCGAUACACAACGCAUAAAGGAAAACGCAUACACCGCAAAAUAUGCUCUGACUCGUUUCUAUCGACAUUGGAAAAAAAGAAAAUGGUGGAAAUUGACAAAGAAAAUCAAAAUGUUUGAAGAAAGGCUGCUGACAAUUACGAAGAUAAUCCAACAGUGGUUGAGGUCCUGACCAUGAACAUUCCUCCGCAUUUCCCAUAAAUCAACUGUCCAGAUUUUCCACACUGUCUAGGGGGACGGUGGUUCCAGUCUUUUUAACCGGGUGAACCGUGCAGUCCAGAAGCCCGGCAAACCGACCCGCCAACACGAGGGAGAGACGCAACCGGGGUCUUCUGUGCGGUUUGAUCGUUCACACGAUGCGUCUGUUUCUGCUGGCGGUGUUCCUCUCGUGCUCUUGCGCGCGGGGCGGCUGCGAACCGAAGAUAGUGAACAUCGGAGCAGUCCUGAGUCAGAAGAGGUACGAGCAAGUCUUUAAGGAUGCGGUGACCCAGGCGAAUCAGAUCUACGGGAGAGAUAAAUUCAAGUUGACCGCCAUCUCCGUAACGCACAAACCCAACGCUAUCCAGAUGGCUCUCUCCGUCUGCGAGGACCUCAUCUCUAACCAGGUGUAUGCCAUCCUGGUGAGUCAUCCUCCCCAGUCCAAUGACCACCUCACCCCCACGCCUGUGUCAUACACCGCAGGCUUCUACCGCAUCCCUGUGGUGGGCCUCACCACGCGCAUGUCCAUCUACUCCGACAAGAGUAUCCACUUGUCCUUUCUGCGGACUGUCCCCCCGUACUCCCACCAGGCUCACGUGUGGUUCGACAUGAUGCGAGAGUUUCGAUGGAACCACAUCAUCCUGAUUGUCAGCGAUGACCACGAGGGGCGGGCCGCGCAGAAGAGACUGGAGACCCUACUGGAGGAGAGGGAAACAAAGAAUAAAAAAAGGAACUAUGAAAACCUCGACCAACUGUCCUAUGACAACAAGCGAGGACCUAAGGCAGAGAAAGUCCUCCAGUUCAGCCAGGAGACUAACUUAACUGCUCUGCUUCUGGAGGCCAAAGAGCUGGAGGCUCGUGUCAUCAUCCUCUCCGCCAGUGAAGAGGACGCUGCUGCAGUUUACAAGGCUGCCCGUUUCCUCAACAUGACGGGCUCGGGUUACGUGUGGCUGGUGGGAGAGCGGGAGAUGUCGGGUAAAGCCCUGAGUGAGGCACCAGAUGGUCUCAUCGGCCUCCAGCUCAUCAACGGCAAGAACGAGUCGGCCCACAUCAACGACGCAGUGGCAGUGGUGGCUCAGUCCAUCCAGGAGCUCUUUGAGAAGGAGAACAUCACGGAGCCGCCCAGAGGCUGUGUGGGAAACACCAACAUCUGGAAGACCGGCCCCCUCUUCAAAAGGGUUCUGAUGUCAUCAAAGUACCCAGAGGGCCUCACUGGACGUGUGGAGUUCAAUGACGAUGGCGACAGGAAGUACGCUCACUACAGCAUUCUCAACUACCAGAAGAGUCGACUCAUUCAAGUCGGGAUUUACAAUGGAACUCAGGUGGUGAUGAAUAAUCAGAGGAAGAUCAUCUGGCCGGGAGGAGAGACAGAGAAACCGCGGGGCUUUCAGAUGUCCACAAGACUAAAGAUAGUGACCAUACACCAGGAGCCCUUUGUGUAUGUGAAACCCACUGAGCAGGAUGGAACCUGCAAGGAGGAAAAAACCUUAAAUGGAGUGGCAGAUAUUAAAAAGGUGAUCUGCACUGGACCAAAUGAGACCAUCCCAGGACGUCCAAUUGUACCUCAAUGUUGUUAUGGAUUCUGUAUCGAUCUACUUAUCAAGUUGGCCGGAACCAUGAACUUUACCUAUGAGGUGCACCUGGUGGCUGAUGGGAAAUUUGGAACACAGGAGCGGGUGAACAACAGCAACAAGAAAGAGUGGAAUGGCAUGAUGGGAGAGCUCCUGGGGGGUCUGGCAGAUAUGAUUGUUGCCCCGCUGACGAUAAACAACGAACGAGCCCAGUACAUCGAAUUCUCCAAACCUUUUAAGUACCAAGGCCUAACCAUCCUCGUUAAAAAGGAAAUCCCUCGCAGUACACUGGACUCGUUCAUGCAGCCUUUUCAGAGCACACUGUGGCUGCUGGUGGGUCUUUCGGUGCAUGUGGUGGCGGUGAUGCUUUACCUACUAGACCGGUUCAGCCCGUUUGGGAGGUUUAAAGUAAACAGUGAAGAAGAAGAAGAAGACGCCCUCACCUUGUCCUCAGCCAUGUGGUUCUCCUGGGGAGUGUUGCUUAACUCCGGUAUUGGGGAAGGCGCGCCGCGCAGCUUCUCAGCGAGAAUCUUGGGCAUGGUGUGGGCCGGCUUUGCCAUGAUCAUAGUGGCAUCUUAUACUGCCAACCUGGCUGCCUUCCUGGUGCUGGACCGGCCUGAGGAGCGCAUCACCGGCAUCAACGACCCGAGGCUGAGGAACCCAUCAGACAAGUUCAUCUACGCCACUGUGAAGCAGAGCUCUGUGGACAUCUACUUCCGGCGGCAGGUGGAGCUUAGCACCAUGUACCGCCACAUGGAGAAGCACAACUACGAGAGUGCCGCUGAGGCUAUCCAGGCCGUGCGCGACAACAAGCUGCAUGCUUUCAUCUGGGACUCUGCGGUGCUGGAGUUUGAAGCCUCGCAGAAGUGCGACCUGGUGACCACGGGAGAGCUGUUUUUCCGUUCGGGCUUUGGCAUAGGCAUGCGCAAGGACAGCCCCUGGAAACAGAAUGUGUCCCUGGCCAUUCUCAGUUCCCAUGAGAAUGGAUUCAUGGAAGAUCUAGAUAAAACCUGGGUGAGAUACCAGGAGUGUGACUCACGGAGCAAUGCCCCAGCCACACUCACCUUUGAGAACAUGGCAGGAGUGUUCAUGUUGGUGGCUGGAGGCAUAGCAGCAGGGAUCUUCCUCAUCUUUAUUGAGAUCGCCUACAAGCGACACAAAGACGCCCGAAGGAAGCAGAUGCAGCUGGCCUUUGCGGCCGUCAACGUCUGGAGGAAGAACCUGCAGCCCUCUUCCUCUCUAGAGACUCAGGAUGAUAGGAAAAGUGGUAGAGCAGAGCCCCCCGACCCCAAAAAGAAAGCCUCUUUUAGGUCCAUCAGUACCUCCCUGGCCUCCAGCAUCAAGAGACGUAGGUCGUCCAAAGACACGCAGUACCCACCCACCGACAUCACGGGCCAGCUCAACUUGUCCGACCCAUCUGUCAGCACAGUGGUGUGAGAGGGACGGAAGGAGAGAGAGAUUUUCUCCUCGGAGAGAAAGAGAGAGGGUGGGUGAACGGAGAGAGCCUUCCCCCAGAUCGCUGCAUCGUUGGAUCCAUCACUGCUGAAGCUUUUCGUCCCAUUGGCUUUGCAGUGGAGCAAUGGAGCCGACGUCUAAGAAAGGACUCCCCUGAUCAUAUUCUCUGAUCGUGGCACCUGUUACAGCUGUCUGGCAUUAGUCAGCUCUAGGGUUCUGAGCUUACUGACACAUACUGUGUUUUUAUCUGUUUUCUCUAUUCAUGCUCAAUUUAUGCUUAAAACAGUCCAAUCGUUGUCUAAUUUACUUACUGCAGACAUAGUGAUGCUGGACACUACUACUAUUUAAUAUAUCUACAUGAUACAUUUGACUGUUUUAAAAUUCUUGUUUAGUUAGAUUACUUAAGUAUACAAACAAGUUAAGUUCUGUACAUAUCAUUUAACUUACAAGGAGGGACCAUAACACACAUUAUUAUUUCACAGUAUUUAACAACAAGAUUUGGCAGGUAGUUUAACUGUUAAGGGUUAGUUAGGCCAGUAACCGAAAGGUCGCUGGUUUGAAUCCUCAUGCUGACUAGGUGAAAAAUCCAUCGAAUGUCCUUGAGCAAGGCACUUAAGCCUAAUUGCUCCUGUAAGUUGCUCUGAGUAAGAGCCUCUGCUAAAUGACUAAAAUGUGAACAGCAUAAUAGGUACACUUUGCUGGAUAACAACUACAGCAUUUUAUUAAGAAAUACUUAUUUUAACUCCAUGUUUAAACAUUUUAGAUAUGUCUUUGUUAAAUUGGACAUGUUUUAAUAGUGAGAAUAUUAACUUUUGUGACAAUAUAAUCCUUUAAAGCAGCAAUUCUAAAGAAGGAAGCAUGCAUGUAUUGUAAAUAUAUAGAUGCAACUGAAUAUUUAUGUAACUAAUGUCCAUGGUGUUAAUAUUGCUGCUACUGUUUGUUGGAAUACUCCGUGGCACUUUACAACACACUUAAAACCAUUUUCUAAUAACUCACAGUUUUCUGAGAUACAAAAAUGGUGAACUUUGUUUACAUUGUAUUAUUUGCCCCUUAAUCAUUUUAUAACUGUCUGCCAAACUGUCUGCAUGCUUGUAUAUAUUAUAUCCAGUCAGUAUUAUCUUUGGUGCCCCUUGAAAACAUUCUGCCUGUAACGUAAUGUUCACAUUUACCUGUAUUUGGUCCAAUGAGGUCCUUACACCUUUGAUAUUGGGAAAGUGGCAAUGCUCUAUUCUUAUUUGAAAGGGAUUUUUAGUCACAAAUCUAAUCAAAACUACAGGAAAUACUCUCAAAAGGGUGCACAUUUUUGCUUUUUCCCUAGCACUACACACCUGAUUCAAGUAACUCAUCAUAAGCCUUUGAUUGGUGGAAUCAUGUAUGUAGUCCUACGGCAAAAACAAAAAUGUGAAUCCUUUUGGGUCCCCAGGACCAGGAUGAAGAGAAACAUUCUCUAAGUCAAUGUUUUCUACCAUUUGUUUGGAAACCCACCUCUCUCUCCCUCUCGCUUUCCUCAGUCUUUCUCAUCACCAGUGUCAAGGGGUUGCAUCAAAGGGCCUGGUUUUUCACCCAACCAGCACUUGGUCUUUCAUGAAAAACCUCCUCCCUGUGCACGUCAGUCUAUCUUCAAUUUGCACUUUCAGAACUUCUACAUGAAAGGAACCCAUGUGAAUUGAUGACUCAGCUUAACUUUCAGUCUUGGUGCUGUGAGCUUAGGUACAGUUAUCUUGGUUAAAUGGAAAAAGGGCCAUUUCCCAGGUUCUGAUGUUGAGAAACAAAGACAAAGUGUGGCAUGUUGAAACAAAGACUACAGUACCAUUCUGGCACGGCAAUGCACAGCACUUUAACCGGAGGGCUUCCCCAUGUUCCCCAUGAUGUUUCCAUCAACAAGGCCGAUUGAAAUAUAAUUAUAUUCAGUAUGCAAGUACAUACAAAUGUAUAUGAAUAAGAGUAGAAAACUCUCACAAGAGAGAUCAUGGUCUAAUUGUUAUAGUAUGAUCCACAGCACAAAAUGGUUAAAUCAACGUUGUUUCAACGUAAUUUGUCAACGUUUUGUGAUGUGGAAAAUACAUUGGAUUUGAAAAAGUUAUCAACUGUUGUUUUGAGGGUGACAUUUCAACCACAGAAUUGUCAUCAUUGUAACCAAUUUUCAACAUAGUCAACCUUUAAUAAAAUAUGUUGAAUUUGUA